CUCUACUCGGCGUUUCGAACUGCCUUUGCACACCGGCUGUCCUCUCACAGGUCUUUUGCUGGAACAAAGCGACAAGACAAUGACGCCUCAACCGACAGGCGAGACCCAUCUCGCCCACCUCUCUCAAGCCCUCGAUCUCGCGCGCCUGUCACCGCCCAAACCGACGAAUUUCCGCGUCGGCUGUGUCAUCGUGUCCUACGGCCCGGACGGUCCAGCAGACGGCCAGAUCCUGUCGACGGGCUAUACUUUGGAACUCGAAGGCAACACGCACGCCGAACAGAACGCGCUCACGAGACUCGCGCGGCAGCACGGCGUCGACGAGUCACGCUUACACGAGCUGGACGUACUGUCUGCCGACAGGAACGUGACGUUAUACACGACCCUCGAACCGUGCGGGCUGAGACUAAGCGGGAACAAGCCGUGCGUGGAGAGGAUCAUUGACACGAGGAGGGGGAGAACCCCAGGCGGUGGCGGCGUGAGGAAGGUGGUAUUCGGCGCGAAGGAACCCGGCACGUUUGUCAAGGAUAGUAAGAGUCUCCAGAGACUCGAUGAGGAAGGGGUGCCGUGGGAAUACAUACCGGGCUUGGAGGAGGAGAUCUUGAAAGUAGCCAUGGAGGGCCACGAGAAGAAGCAAAAGCAAGGCACGAAUGUCGACGAUAUUACACCCGAAGAGCGGAGGAGGCAGGAAGCUCUCCCCCGGAACCCGAAGAAGAGGAUGAUGGAGACGGUUUGAUUGGACUUGGGCUGUACUCCGUACGACUGCCGAGAGAGCGCACAAAAAUCAAAGCUCCGUACGAUCGAUCGAUACUGCAAGGAGAAUGCGGUGGAUAUAGCCUUGGGAGUCCUCGGGACGAACAGUCUGGGAGAGGCAAUUCGUCGAAUCGCGUCCGGCUGGAGAAUCGGUCCUCGAAGGGCAAGCACUGGGACUAUGAUGUGAUGAGAUGGCAAGAAAUACCGAGCCCUACAAUGAGAUGAGAUGGUAUGAAAUACCUAGGCACACAAUGGGAUGAGACGAGAUGAAACGACCUGGUGAAGCUGAAGUGCGGAGUGAUUGUCACAAUGCAGCCGACACAGCGUGAGUAUGCCUCAAUAUGCAACACGAACUACACCAUAGGGAAGAACAAGUCACGAAAGGGCGCCAGAGUCGGCCCCCCGGAUGGUCAACCUGGUACUCUUGUUUAGGUAUCAAGCGAGAACCCGGCCCAGAUCGUCAAGCUGGUAAUCUUGUUAUCACCAUGCCCUCCGCUGUCAACAACCACACCCCCAGCGCGAAUAUAUGCGUUCCCUGCAGAAAUGCCUCGAGCAACGAACAAAUCUCCUCCCUGCCUACCAGGUCGAUUGGGUCCAGUCCAUCCUUCUUCGUCCAUUGCGAAAGUUACAAUGCAACCCUGACCAUGACCAUGGUCCAGGACCCCGUCUAAAGAGCCUUCCUGGGAGAAUCAUGACCAGUGCAACGCCACUCCUCUCAUACCUCCCACCAGUCCAGCUCGAUGUCGAGGUUCAUCGUUCCAUCAGCAAGCAGAGCAGUAAUGCGAGAAUAGGCCACAGUUCUGAUUGGAACGCCGCCGUUCGCUAAUACACUCUUCAAUGGCGUUGAUACUAUCAGGGACAGAGAUCCGGAAGGAACAUCAUAACCUAAGUAUAGACAGGCAGAUCUUGCCACCUUCUUCAGAUGAUUCAAAGCGAUCUAGACUCCACACCAGACCUUUAU